GGGCUUCAGCUGCGCAGUUAUGUCUGGCAGAGGAAAAGGCGGAAAAGGCCUCGGCAAAGGCGGCGCUAAGCGCCAUCGUAAGGUCUUGAGAGACAACAUCCAGGGCAUUACAAAGCCCGCUAUUCGGCGUCUUGCUCGUCGCGGAGGUGUCAAGCGGAUCUCGGGCCUCAUUUAUGAAGAGACUCGGGGUGUGCUGAAGGUGUUCCUGGAGAACGUCAUUCGGGACGCGGUCACCUACACUGAGCACGCCAAGCGCAAGACUGUCACUGCUAUGGAUGUGGUGUACGCCCUUAAACGUCAAGGGCGCACCCUGUAUGGUUUUGGAGGCUAAAUCGCCGUUUUAGCUUUGCACUUCGGUCCCAAAGGCCCUUUUUAGGGCCACCCAUAAAAUCACCAGAGAAGCUGGGCACUUAACACAAACCGGA